AUGGUAUUUCCAACAAUUCAAUCAAAAGAUUUUCAGACUUCAAAUGAAAACAUAUGUUCAUCUUCAUUAUCAACAAAUUCCAAUGAAAUAACAACAAAAAUAAAAAUUGAAGAUGAUAUUGAUGAAAUUAAAAUCUUUUCAGUAUCAACAUUGCUUAAUAAUGAAUCAUAUAAUGAUCAUGAUUAUAAAAAGUUUGAUAUUGAAGAGAGACUUUCACCAGUUAUUGAAGAAUCUACUAGUCCGAAUAAAAAUGAUUCAUUAAAUAAUAAUAUUUCCGGUUUAUAUACAACACCUUUUUUUUAUCCAUAUUUUCAUCCUUAUUUUAUAGCUGCUACAGCACAAAUAAAUUCAUCAGCAGAUAAAAUAUCAAUAAAUGAACAAACAAAUAAUCCAUUUGGUGUUGUAUCUCCAUUUUCUGGUAUACCAUUUCUUCCCUUCUAUCCUCCUGGAAUGAUGAAUCAAUCAUUUCAAUCGAAUUUUUUCAAUCCAUUUGGUAUUCCAAUUCCAAUAUCCGGUGUUUAUCCUUCAAGUUCAUCUAAUCGACAACAUCAAUCAUCUAUUGAUAAUGAACAAUUACGUGGAAAUUUAAAUACACUAGUCCAUGUAAAACGUUCGAAAAAACCUCAUAUAAAAAAACCUUUAAAUGCUUUUAUGAUUUAUAUGAAAGAACAACGUGCACAUAUUAUAGAAGAAUGUGCAUUAAAAGAAUCAUCAGCAAUAAAUAAAAUUCUUGGUCAAAAAUGGAAAGAAUUAUCUCGAUCAGAACAAGAUCGAUAUUAUGAAUUAGCAAAAGAAGAACGUAAUCGUCAUAUGCAAAUGUAUCCAAAUUGGUCAGCACGUGAUAAUUAUGGAAUAAAAAAAAAACGACAAAUAGGUCGAAUACAAAAAAAUGAUUCUCAAGAUAAUGAUAAUAGUUUACAAAAAAAUUCAACUAACACUUCAAAACAAUUUGACAAUGAUUGUUUAAAUCUAAAGAAAUGUCGUGCUAGAUAUGGUUUAGAAGGUCUUAAUCAAUGGUGUAAACAUUGUCGACGAAAGAAAAAAUGUACGAAAUUUCUUGAAGACGAUUUAUCAAAUCCUAGAACAUUAGGAAAUUCAUCGAGUAAUGGUAAUCCAUCAUCAGUUAGUUCAAUAGUUACAUUUCAAUCUGAUGAAGAUUCAAUAAAUAAUCCUGAUAGUGAUGAUAUAUUAUCACGACAAAUUAAUUCAAUUCAAGAUGAACAUGAUGACAGUAAUGAAGAGAAUAAACAACAAUUUUAUCUUCCAUCUUCAACUUUGCCAUUAAAUUUUGUACCUAACUUUCGUUAUUGA